AUGGAGGAGCAUGGGAGAGAAGCCACCCACAGGCUCUCCACUGGCGGGCUCUGGCAGGGCCGUUCUCAGCACGUACUGAGAGAGUCAGGUGCGGUCUCUGAGGGUGAGGAAGAGUCAGCAGGCGCUAACCCAGUGACGCACGAGGGGGACUUGCACACACAGUACAUUGCUAUUCAAAGAAAUUCCAGGUACUACCGAUCCAUGAGGCUGCCAAACAGAGGGAAAAGAAAGACUUCGAGAGAGGCAACGCACAUGCAGCAUGCUACAGGUUCACUCAAAAACUAUGAGCCCAUCAAAGAGCCUCUGAAUGUUUUACCACAUAAGGAAUCACCAUCUCCAGCAAACUCUGAUCUAACAACAUUAGAUGAAUUAUUGAUCCAAAGGCUGCUGCCUUCCUACCCCCGUUACCGUGGCAACCGCCCGGGCUCCCCCAGCCCCGCACCGCCGCCGCCGCUGCCGCCGGAGCUGCUGGGCAGCCGCCUGCCGCCACCGGCCAUGGAGCUACUGGCCGCGGCCCUCAGCGCCGCCUGCGCCUUCGACCAGGACGGCUCGCCGGGACAGCUCACCAGGCCCCCCCCCGCCGCUGAGGAGACCCCUGCCGCCGGCACGGGUGCGGCACCGCCCGCACACCCCAUGACAGCCGACUCCUGGAGGAACCUCAUCGAGCACAUCGGCCUCCUGUACCAGGAAUACCGAGAUAAAUCUACGCGCGAGGAGAUUGAAACCAGGCGAUUGCAAGAUUCACAGACAGACCCUGAGGAAACUUCACCCAGUGAGGAAACCCCGUCUGAAGCAGAGUCCACAAGUACAACUGAAAACAAAGCUCCACCACAAAUCAAUUUGCUGAGAAAUUCCAACUCCAGGUUCAACUUAUGGCAGGAUCUUCCUGAGGUCCAGAACAGUGGUGUCCUCAGCAUCCUCCAACCAGAUGAGAUCAAACUGCAGGAGGCCAUGUUUGAGCUGGUUACUUCAGAAGCAUCAUAUUACAAGAGUCUGAAUCUGCUGGUGUCUCACUUCAUGGAGAAUGAGCGUCUGAAAAAGAUCUUACACCAGUCUGAGGCACACAUCCUGUUCUCCAACGUGCUGGAUGUCAUGGCUGUCAGCGAGCGCUUCCUGUUGGACCUUGAGCAGCGAGUGGAGGAGAACAUUGUGAUCUCGGACGUGUGUGAUAUUGUCUACCAGCACACGGUUAAUCACUUCUCUGUGUACAUCACCUACGUCUCCAACCAGACCUACCAGGAGAGAACCUACAAGCAGCUCCUCCAGGACAAACCAGCCUUUCGGGAAGUGAUCUCACAGCUGGAGCUGGAUCCCAAGUGCAAAGGCCUGUCCUUUUCUUCCUUCCUGAUUCUGCCAUUUCAAAGAAUCACUCGACUCAAGCUGCUGGUGCAGAAUAUUUUGAAGAAAGUGGAGGAGAAAUCUGACAGGGAAUCCACUGCCCUGGAUGCACAUAAAGAACUGGAAACAGUGGUGAAAGCAUGUAAUGAAGGUGUCCGGAAGAUGAGCCGAACAGAGCAGAUGAUCAGCAUCCAGAAGAAACUAGAAUUCAAGAUCAAGUCUGUACCCAUCAUCUCUCACUCCCGCUGGCUGCUGAAGCAGGGGGAACUGCAGCAAAUGAAUGGUCCAAAGACAUCACGAACUCUUCGCACUAAGAAACUCUUCAGAGAAAUCUAUCUGUUCCUUUUCAACGAUCUGCUGGUGAUUUGCCGGCAAAUUCCAGGGGACAAGUACCAAGUGUUUGACUCUGCUCCCCGAGGGCUUCUUCGGGUAGAGGAGUUAGAAGAUCAGGGGCAGAGUUUGGCCAAUGUCUUCAUCUUGAGGCUGCUAGAGAACGCAGAUGACCGGGAGGCCAGCUACAUGCUGAAGGCAUCGUCCCAGAGUGAAAUGAAGCGCUGGAUGAUUUCACUAGCCCCAAACCGGAGAACCAAAUUUGUUUCAUUUACAUCCAGACUUGUUGACUGCCCACAGAUCCAGUGUGUCCACCCGUACGUGGCCCAGCAGCCUGAUGAGCUCUCCUUAGAACUGGCUGAUGUUCUCAACAUCCUGGACAAGACAGAUGAUGGCUGGAUAUUUGGGGAACGUCUUCAUGACCAGGAGAGGGGCUGGUUCCCCAGUUCUAUGGGGGAGGAGAUCCUGAACCCCAAAAUCCGAGCCCAGAACCUGAAGGAAUGUUUCCGGGUGCACAAGUCAGAUGACAGUCAGAGAAGAAAACUGGGCAGCAGAAACCGCCAGUGACCACCGGCAUCCCCAAGCAUCUGGAGUGCCUCAGAGAGACAGAAGACAGAGGCUGCCAGCUGGGAGGAGGUGGCAGCUGUGGGACAUUGUGGGGGACCUGGUGCACAGGACGAGGCACACAGACCCAUGAACAAACAGACUGUCAUUCCUAGGCCCUCUGGAAGCACUGGUCCUUUCCUGGAGAUCAGCGCUUUAAACUGUAAAUAACCCUUUUCCAAGUGUUCUGUAAAGCCCCAAAGAGCACGAGCUCAGCGGACACUGCCUGAAGGCCACCAGGUGCUGGCCAAGUGAGCCACAUGUGCUGGCUUGGGCUGGCUCAGGCUGCUUGGGAAGGGCAGUGGCCACAAACAUGAGCAAUUGAUAUCA